GCAUUUCUGAGUUGUCUUUGAACGCAGCACCAUUGAAGCCCCUAAGUGAUGAUGGGACUGAAGGGGGAGGGUUAAUAACCGAGCUCCCGUUGAUGCUGAAGAGCUAUCUGUGCAGCAGAGCAACCGCAGAGUUCAGGACGCAUCCCCACAACCGAAGCUCGUGCGCGUCCCUCCGUUAUUUCUACCUUCUCUGUUGGGUCGGAGCAGAACCGGAGCUAAGCUGGAGUCGGCGGUGCACUGUCCUCCUCCGGACCCGCAACAGUUCCAGUGGAGCGGCACCGAGCGGCAGCCUCCGCCCUGGACCGAUGAACUGGCUGAGAUGUCCCGGCACAUCUACACUCGACACGGGAUAGGAGAAGGGAUGCAGAAGCCCGUGUUUCAGGUAGGGAAAUGAACCACAAAUGCGCUCUUUCCUCCUUCUACUCUCGUUUUAAGAAAAAUAUAUACAUCCAAAAUAGGACUAACAAUGAUUGCAUUAAUAGGAAAAACUGCACAGUUUUUUAUGUUACAGAAACACGAAAAAACUGGUUGAAAAAAAAAAAUCGUCACUGAUUCCCACAGUCACCAAACUCCUCACGCUGCUCCCAGUUAAACAGGAGCUUCAUUUUUCAUCACAGCUAAUGAGCCCCUGAGGUGUCAUUAAUCAAGCAAGAGCUCAGGUCCUGCAGUAUGCUGAGUAUCUGACUUAUUCAGAGAGAAAUUAAAAUUGGCUCUUAAUUAUUCAGCAUUAUCUGACAGAACUUCACUCAUGAUGUAUGAGGUAAUCCAAGUCACUUUUUGUACCAGGGAGGACAUAGAUUUUUAGCUCUGAAACAGAAUUUACUGCACAUGGUUGAUAUUGAUUUAUAUGAAUCAGUUAUUCUACUGCCAAUGUCCUGAAGUGCAUUACAACACUUUUUUCAGCAACUGUUACCGCAUCAUUGCAUUACUGUGAAAAUGUGUUAUUGCAAAAUAUCAGACCAGUGUAAAAUUUGCAAUGUUGUCCACAGUAGCCAAGUAAAUUGUUGAUGGCUUGUUGAGUACAGUAUGAAAGGUAUGACUUUCUCAAUUAAUGUCAUAUUCAGUGUAUCAGAUAUCAACAAACAGUUAAAAGUAUGUCUCAUAAGUUCUGGAAACUCCUUUAUUUUACCUUCAUUCUAGAGUCUGAAACUAACAGUAAAUAAAAGACAAACCUCUAAAGGAAACUGUCUGACACAUUUAAGUAAUGUUUAUAGCUUUACACACAAAGGUUCUGUGUAGGUAAGUUAAUAAAAUUUUAUUUAUAUUGCACUUUUGAAAACACUGUGCAAGUAGUAGUAUUUUACAGUCAUAAUCCACAGUAGAAAAAUGGUUGCAAAGAGUAAUUGCAGCAUAAAUCAAUGUGUUUUAGCAAGAGUAUAAUUAAGGGCACAUACAAAUGCUUUUACUCGGGGCACUCACAGGUAGAAAUUAGAGAUGGAUGGUAAUAUUGGCAUAUUAUUGGCACGUUAAAGCUUGAAAAGUUAAUUACAGGUAUCGACAGAAGUGCUAUGUAUGGCUGAUAAGGUGACGCAUCAAUUAUGCACAUGCAGUGACAGCUUACGUGCUCCAACAAGCCCAAUCAUGUCGGCUGUAUGGGAGUAUUCUGAAGUGUUGAUAAAAAUCAUUAAAGUAGGCUGAAAUGAUGAGAGGACGAUCAAAACAACACUCAAUUUACACAGUGAGUUUAAAUGUGUUCUAAGAGCAGUUAUCCUGAACAGCACCAAAAGAGUAAUUUUUAACCAAUUAUCUUGGUUAACAGACUAAAAUCACAUCCUCUGUUCACUACUGCAAACUGUUACAUGAAAUAAUAAACCGCUCAUCUUCUAUGAUAAACUAGAUUGGUUUUGGUUGCAUGUCAUUAUUGAUUUUCAUUACUGACAUGCAACUUUUUCCAGUUGACGUGCAACUGGAGGAAAUUUAUAAGGCGCAUAAUUGCAUAGAGGAUUAGGGAGCACCAGUCAUCUUAUCUAAGUCUGCAACAGAAUUAUACAUUACUUGUAUUUUAGUCAACAAAUGAAAUCCACAGUGGGGAAAAUAUAAUGGAUUUAAAUGUCUGACAGCCCACCUUAAAAAAUGAACAGAAAAAAAACAUAUUUGUCUGAGUUUUGUUUUUUUUAGUGUUGUACGUUGGCUCUUUAACGGCUCAUUUUGGUCAUGGAAAAAAGGGUCAUUGAUGAAAAUUAGUCAUCAUAAUUUUUAGUAAUGAAAUUAACACUGAUUUCAGUGUUAAAACUGGUAAUACUAAAGAGUAAAAAUACUGAUGGUAGAGUUUUUAAAGUUUCUAAAGUUCAAAAAGGCAUCUGAACUAAAGUAAAAAUGCACUAUUGAUUUUUUGUUCAGCAGAAAAUUAUUCCGCCUGAAGCUCGAUGGUGUCGAGCAGAAAUUUACACUUCUGCUUUAAAAAAGGGUUAUCAAAUAUGGCAUUGCAGCCUGGUAUACGGUUAAUCGUCUGUUCAUCUCACAUCACAUAUAACCCACAUCCUUAUACCUUGUACAGACAACUAGGAAAGUAAUGGGGGUUAAAAAGCACCCACUCCUGCAAACAGUCCAGGAGCAGUGUGUCCUUAGACAGGCUGAGAAAAUAGAGUCUGAUCAAACCCACAUUUUUUACCCAGAGUUUCAGCAUUUGAGAGUCUCUCAGACCAGGUCCAUUUAGAGUCUGAAGAACAGUAUAUAGGGUGUGUAAAAGGGGUCGUCUAUAUGUCUGUAUUCUGCCACUAUGAGAUGGUUUAAUGUUAUACUGUUUCAUUCUAACUGCUGCUAUGUUUCUUUGGAGUUUUAAGGAGUAAUUAAGAUUCCCAUUGUACACUAUGUGUGCCUGCUGGACAGUCGACAACAAAUUUCCCUAAAGGGUCUCAAAACAUUUCUUAUCUUAUCUUAUUAAACCGAAGAUGAUUUUUUUGGUUCUUGUGAUAAUUAAGUUAAUUUAUUCAGGCAUAAAUUCUGACCUCAUGACAGUGAAAAGUUUUAACAUUCAUUUCUUUUGCUUCUGAGCUGAGAUUCAAUUAGCCGAUAAGGGAGCCCUGUUUGACAGUUAAAAACCCCUUAAAAAUGUGCUUUUACCAAAUGUUGUUCCAUGUUUUUCUGUCAAAGCAAGAAAUUCAAGGAUCUUUUUUGAAGCUUGGAAACUAGUUUCUCGUUUUAUCCGUGGUUUUUCUCCAUUUAAUAGAAAAACAUGAUUGAAGCGCUGUAUAAAAGCAGUCAAAGCAAAUAGUCUGUUUUUUUUCUUCUUCUGUGCUUGAAGUUAGAGGUUGAGAUUUACCCAAGAUGCUCUGCGAUGUUACAGAAGGACACAACAGCACAUGAAGUGUCAGAAAAACAGAGAAGUCAUUUAUCAUGUUUUGUCCUUCCUCUUGUGCACUAGGUGAAGUGUCACCUCAUUAGCUCAGUUAGCUCUGACACGAGUUCGCUGCACACAUAAAAACAAGUGACAUAAAGUGAGUCGGUGCUGCUCUCGAAAAGAACUUUGUGAUUGAUUUCGGUUUGUCUAUCAAUCAAGCAGGAAAUGUGAGACUUUUUUUUUAUAAAUAGGUCAUCGUAGAGCACGAGAUGCAGCUGGAGAGAGUCAGCGUCUCGUGAAGCCCUGGGGCUCAGAUGUUGGUUAUAAUGGGGUUUCAUGGAGGGAAGGUGCCCUUGAGUUAGUGUGGAAGAAAAACAGGGAUAAACAACAAAUAUAGUGAUGAAUACAGACAAAAAAAGGAUUUCAUUUUAAAAGGAUUUUUCGUGUCAUCUUUAGGCGAACAGAGGGACCUACUCCAGACGCAGCAGGCUGAAGAGAUCUGACGGCAGCACCACCUCCACCAGCUUUAUCCUCAGACAGGUAGGAUGCUACACUGCACCGUCAGGGAUUGUCAGCUCACCUGGAUCAUAUAAGACCUUUUUUUCAUAGAAUACAGGGUUUGAAAGGUGUCCCAGUAAGUUGGCAGUGUGGCACGAUCAGACCAUCAAACUGUUCAUCUUACAUUUUUUCAUUUUUAUCAACAAAGCUUGACACUCACUCAAAGGUAAAUGUGAACUACGGGCUUUGACAUCUCGACAAGCUCUUGGCCUCUGCUGCAUUUAGGAGAGAAAACCGAUGACCUUGAUUUGUGUCCGCCUGGGAAUUCAGUCUGUCCAGCUGCCCAUGAAGCAUCUAACAACCAUGUUUUAUUCAUAAUCGCAGGAACAGGCACGGGCUCUUUGAGAACUGUUACCGCCGCCUCCUUUAUACCUGCCACUGUCGAACAAAUUCAAAUGGGUUUCCUGUGAGAAGUCCCUUUUGUGGUAUAAUUCAGAGGGGAAUCACCAUACACUUUGACAUCCAGCUAACAAGCUACCGAGGGAGCUGAGGCCACUCAGCGACACAGGGAUAGUUUGUCAUCAGCCACCUCUGUACCAAACCCCGCCCCCUUCUCUCUCUCUUCCUCUUUUUCUCUCCUCCCUUAAACACACUCCAUACCUGACCUCCUCCAUCAUGUGCCGGCCUGUGCUAACGUCCCUCUGGGGACUCACCGCGGCAUAAAAGAAGAACAAAUCAGGUCAUGCAGAUACAGGAACAUAAACAUAUGCCAGCCUUUCAAAUCUAACAUCCAGAUGUGAUUAAUGAUAGUGUUGAGGGCAAAGCUGUAGCAGCAGCAUUAUCCAAAAUAUGUAGGCCACUAUUUAUAUUUGAGACAUUCCUUUGCGAGAAGAUUUAGUAUGAGGAUUAACACAAACCGAGCAAAUGAUGCAUAUGAUAUCUUUGGAAACUGCAUACUCAGACUGGAGAAAGUUCACUUAGCUAGCUUACUGAUAAGUAAGUGUAAUCACUGCUUAAGGCUGUGGUUUUUGUCUGUAGCUGGAUCUUUCUCUAUCAAAAAUGAGCACUAGUUAACACUCACUCAAGAAAUAAAGAAGUAAAAGUUGACACCAAUCUGAAGUACAGCAAUAAAAUCUAAAAUUGUCUUUAAACUUCAAUCUGCUGGCAAAAAAAGGAGUUCAGAGUGCUGUGGAUCAUUACCUUUCAAACUAUUAACUCAAGCUUCUAUGCCACAGUAUGCAGUCCACUGCUAAAAUAUUAAAGAAAUAACUGCAACUAACUAAAACGUGAAAUACCCUCUAUAUCCAAGUAUUAUUUCAGCACCGUUUAGUUAUAAAACAGAUAAAAAUGUGUUAACUCUCUCAUUUCCCCCUCUAUUAAAUGUUCUUUUUUUCCUGGAAAAUUAUCAGCUGAAUAUCUUAAGGGUUGAACACUGAUAUUUAUAACUUCUGACUGCAUGUGCAGACACGAUCAUGAUCCAAAGCUUGUGUGAGGAGCUUUUGACAUGUGUUCAUUUUGCUGCUCCCUAUGGAUAAAGUGGCUAUUGAUCUCUUUGCCAUUGUUGUCCCUGUGUAGAGAGUUUUGUUUAACAAAAUAAAACCCAUCCUCCUGUCUUGAACAGUUGAAUGUAUCACUUGUCAAGAAGUCUUGCCCUGGAAAAUGUGAAAUAGGCAGUUUCACCCGCAGCUCGAUGCUAAUCACCCAGUCUGUCACCUACUAUGUGAGCUGAAAUUGUUCACACAAUGAUAUUGCACCAUAUAUAGAAGCAUCCGUUCCUGUAGUUGUUUAAUAGUUUGAUGAGGUGGAUGUCACCUGACUUUUAGGACAAAAAAUCUCUCAUUUUAAGACUUGAGUUAGUUGGCGGUGUGGCACCAUCAGACCAUCAAACUGUUCAUCUUACACUUUCAUUUUUACCAACAAAGCUUGACAUCUGAAGGAAAAUAUGCACUAUCAACUCUGACAUCCAACAAGCUCUUGGCCUUUGCUGUAUUUAGGAGAGAAAACCGAUGACCUUGAUUUGUGUCCGCCUGGGAAUUCAGUCUGUCCAGCUGCCCAUGAAGCAUCUAACAACCAUGUUUUAUUCAUAAUCGCAGGAAGAGGCACGAGCUCUUUGAGAACUGUUCCCGCGCCUCCUUUAUACCUGCCACUGUAAAACAAAUAGGAUACAGUGCAGUACAAUACAAUACAGUAGGAUACAAUGUGAUACGUUAUGAUAUACUACAAGAUACUAUGCCAUAACAUGCCAUACCACACAGUCUACUGAUAUCCCCUUUAUUAUGAUGUAUUCAAAUACAUAGAUAUUGGUUUUUAUUUCUUUUGGGGAGGAGUAAUGUUAUCUAUUUCUAUUGAUGGUAUGACUACAGAGCACCAGACGAUGAGGAAAGAUUAGAGUAUUUUUGAAUACCUGCUGAAUGGUCUACACAUUACUUGUUGAUUUCAAGGAUAUCUUUAUUAUCUCCUGGUGACAAUUUGUGUAUUAAACAGCAAGUCCUUUUUAAUUUGUGUGAACGCCUGCUAAGAGCAACAAGGUGAAAUGGACAGAAAAUUAAAAAGACAAAAGCCUGCGUGGAUGAAAAGGAGAGGAAGAUGAAUAAGUAGGACACAAGGACAAAGAAAUGUAUAUACAUAAAAUCUCUCACUCACUUCUUUAUUUGUUACAUGCUCACAGAUUUCUUUGACACCCCCGCUGCGAUUUGUGUCAUCACCGGUGUGAUCGUCAUCAGGUGAGAAAAGGAGCAGUGGGCUCCUUUCGAUUCACUAGUGUAGCCAUAGUAACAGCCGCCCAUCAACAACAGAGGUCAAGCGCUGAAGGUUGAUUAGCAGGAAACCUCCUCCUCCUACUUCUUUUCAAUAAAGUAUCUCCUUUUUUUUCUGCAGGAAACUCUUAAUAGCAGAUGGAUGUAAUCUUUCAAGAAAUGAAGUUAUAUCAGAUUCUUUCAGCAGUUUCUCAGCACCAGAGCGUUUCGAUAUCUCACUCAUUUGCUUUUGAACGAAAAAGUGUGAGUAAGAAGUCCUGUCAGCAAGAUGACAGGAUCUCAAGUCCUCAUCUUCACUCUCAGCUCUGUGCCUUCAAAUUUUGCCUUAUGGUUAAAGCCUGGACACGAGUAAUUCUGAUCAGACGUCUAUUAAACUCUAAAUGUGGGAUUCUGACCUCAAAUAUUUCUCUAGAAUAUUUAAUUGUCGUGUCUAAAUAGACAAUAUUCGAUGUUACAGAUUGGAAGAAUGGCUGAAAUAAGUUUCUCAGACAGUCUAAUUCUUCACAGCUCAAAUAAUGAGCUUCACCAGGUCUGCGUGGGUGUGGUUUGAUAUUUGAUUGACCGCGCAGGCAGCAAGAGUCACACAACCCCGCAACUGUCGUCAGAUUAUGAUUCAAAUUUUGCAAACUGAAUUCACCCACCAAAAAUCUGUCAAAAGAGCACACAGAAAUCACUGACUGACUAGAGGAAUUACAAGUGGCAACCAUGCUGUAACCUUUAGGUUUGCAGAGUCCUGUUUAGAGGUGUCCAAGAGGUGUUAUAGAUGCGUCUUUCUCCUACACCAGAAGUUACCAUAUUUGGACCACUGUAGAGGAAAGAGCUUGUGAGGAGUUAUGGUUUAGCAAACACCAAGUUAUCACUCAUACAGCACUCCAACUGACCCCAAGGCUGAUUUAUCAGCAGGGAUAUUCACUCGAAGUUAUAUUUAAACAGCAUUAAAGCAUUGGAAGAAUUUCGUCUCUAUAACUUGGACGUAGAUGUAUUGCACUACUGUGACUUUUGAGUAUAUCUCUGCGUUUUUAGCAUUAGCAUAAAUUGUAUAUAUUGUCUAUCUACCCUAAUUAUCUAUUUAUGAACUUUUGCAUCUCUAUUGAUUAUGUAUGCUUUGUAUUUUAUCUACUGCUUGUAUAUUUAUAAAGUUAUAUUUGACUUUGACUUUGACUAACAGGCAUUGUCUAUAAGCACACAUCACCUAUUUGCAUUCCCACCGACUCAGAUAGAGAUGUGUGUGUUUGUUUUAGUACAAUUAAACCAUAAUCACAAGUCAGAUAAACAAGUUAUUGAUAUAAUUUAAUCACUGGAGGCUCAAAAUACUGGUCAUGGUAUGUUGUGUCUAAGUUGUUGUGUGGUCACCCACCACUGGCGGGUGCUGUAGCCCUUAUCAGAGGCAACUUCCAUAAUGCUAUUAUGUACCAUUACCCUGAUGUAAACAAGCAUGUGAUGGAUAGUAUUUCAUAGAGUGUGGUGGUUUAGUAGUAUUUUGAUUCAGUAAAUGGAGAUGUAGUCAUGAGUUGGAGUUUGUAUUUGGGUUAUUUUCUGGCUGAUUCCUUCUUUUUGCUGCUGUUAGAACCGGCCCCCCUGUUGGCCAUUUUGAAAAAAGCACCAUGCACAUACUUCCUUUUGAAACCAACAUGCAACAACCCUUUUUUAAAUUUAGUCUUUAGGGGUGACAACCUCGAGCUGUUAUCCUUGAACCAGACGGUUCUUGCACUUCUUCAUUUGAGUGUUUUUCUUUCAGGCCUCCAGGGUUGCAGCUUGCAAAAGCUUAAAAUCUUUGUUUACUUCUGCCGUAUUCACUGUGUUCUUUCUGUUACUCAGACAACGUACCCAAUUCCAAAAGAUGCAUGUUUCAAGGGCCGUUAAGUGUAUUUAUCCACUGUGUGGUGGGUUGAGGAUAUACUGCUGCAGAUUGACUUUAAGUAUUAGGGUUAAGUGAGGAUGAGUGCAGCAAACUGCCCCGCUAGAGUGUGUGCUAUGACCUCCCCCUGAUCGGACUAUUUAGGUGAAAAGGAGGUUAAAAAAGCGGAAAUGUUUAUAGAAAACCUGUCUUUAAAAUAGAAGUUGAAAAAUAUAGAUGUGUUUCUGUAGAUUCAGAUUGAGCUGGUUGUAAAGCAAAAAAUGCUGAAAGUAUUUGAGGAGAUUCUGCUGAUCAGGAUGAGUCACCAUAUGACAUGCUGAUACCCACAGAUCUGUCACAGAAAGGUGCUGGUAGAGAGCUGAUUCUCCCAGAUGGUGAGAGGAAUAUUCAAUGCACUGUUUGCAUGGACAGAUGUUUAUAAUGCGUGGUUGUUUGGUGGAUGUUUGAACACUUUCCCAGCCAACCUCUGAGGUCAUGGUAUCAGGAAAAAAAACAGACAGAUGUUUGCUCUCAGGAAUAAUCCAGGGCGGCUGCAUGAAAGUGGCGCAGUGGACCUUUUCACUGAUGUCAAGUUUUCUAAUGUAAUUUGUGUUGACCUAUAAAGCUUUUAUAUGUCACUUUAAAGUGUUGUAAAUGUUUACAUGCAUAUGUUGGAUGUCCCUUUCAACCCGUGUUGACUGAAAAUAAUCCCACAUCUGCAGGAUGCAACAUACAGUAUCCUGCGUGCAGUUUGAGGCACAGAAAAGAAACAAGGUCAGCAGCAGACCAUGAUAAAUGCAGCUGUAGUGAAAGGGUUUUCAUGUUUUCAAGGUUGAAAUCCCAGUGUUUGCUUGCAAUGAUUAAGCCCUGGUGGAUAUGCCUUUUAAUCCUCCUCACACACACAGGGACAAGUGUGUGUAUAACGUACCUUUCAUCAGUUUUUCUAUGCCUGUGAGUUGUUAAAAAAUAGAUCGAGCCGACAUUUUGUGGAUUUUUUUUUAGCUGAGUGAAGCUUUGAAAGCAUGUCCUCAUUUUGCAUAUAUUUCACAGUGACUGCAGUCGGUGAUAACAGUUGGUAGAGGUAAUGGGCAAUUAGCCACUAAAAGGAGAGAGAGAGGGAGAUAGCAUGUGCAUAUAAACAAUGUGGACUCAACCCAAUUCAGUCAAAUGGAAUGGAAAUGAAAUGGAAAGUAAUCACUGAGUUCCAAAGCAGAGGACGAGUCAGAUGGGAGCGCCAGAGAAGAUCUUGUUCAAAACUCGAUCUGUUUACAUCAUUGUCAUAACUGAGAGCGUUGAUUUUUAGACAUUGCAAACACCUUUUUGGCCUUUUAUAUCCCCAACCAGAGGAAAGAUGCAUCAUUUUCAUGUUAGAAAAAAGGUUGAAAUAUCUGAAGUGCGCCCAACUUCAGUUGUUUCUACAAAUACUUGACACACAGCUUAUUCUGGCGAGAAACCAUCUUUAUUUGCAAUGCAAAUGUUGUAGAGUAAUGAGUUCUGCAAGGACUGUUUAACGUUUUAAUAGUCUUCCCAGCAGAGGCUGACCAGAAAAUGACUCGAGCUUUUUGCAGAAUUGCUGCCCUGAACAAAGACCUCAUCUCCACCUUUUUUCAAAUGUCUGGAAUAAAUUCAUUUUCAUAUCCUGGGUCACCACACUUAAUUCCCCGCUGUCUGAAAUGCAAAGUAUGAAUGUUAAGGCCUGCAGAUUUUAAUAUAUUUUUAUAUUGGAGAUGGCAGAGCUUAUGAUUUUACAGCUUUCUCCAAGAAAUUAAAUUUCACGUCUGAAUCAUAAUGCAUUACAUGGAGACGUCCCUUUUAACCCAAUUUUUCAGCUUGCAGCCUGUAAAGUGAUAAGAAGAGGCUUCUUCAUGCUGCUAAUCCCUCCUAUAUAGGUCACAUGGCUCAACUCAGCAGACUUUAAUUUGUGAAUGACUUUACAUGGCCCGGUCACGACUCUCUUCGCCACACUGGCACGAUGCGCUCGUCUGCCAGCAACUUUUAAUAAGUGUGCACCCCCUGGAGACACUCUGUGAAGAUAAACAGGACACUUUAGAGGAAACAACACAUCACUGCUUUCCCAUUUCUUUUCCAUCCGUGUUUGCUCGAUGUAUUAGUCUGUCUAAAAAGCAGGAUUCAACAACGGAAACUCCUGAAAGUUAAAACCAUGACAAAGCAGAUAAACUACAACCUGCUUACUCAUACAAACUGAGCAGCCACAAUGAUUGUAUGAAAGAAUUGAACCACAAAACAUACACAGCAGAAGCAUUUUGUCAUACAUUUUCCCACUUUUGUAAACAGCAUCAACUCACAGAGGCCUUCUCCUAAGAUGAUAAAUAUCUAUAGUGGCGUGUUCUAUAGUUGCUUCUGAUUGCAUAGAAGUUUACAAGAGAAUUAGCCAUCCUCUUAAUGGUUUAAUGGCUUCAAUAAACUCAGUAUUUAUUACAGCUAUAACCCUAAAUCUAAUCCACUUAACUCCCUUGUUCAAACAUUUGAACAUUUAUCUGUUGCCUUAAAAUCUAUACACAGAACAUGUAUUUACAACCAUAGGAACACCCUCAUCACACUUGAGAAUCGAUGCACUUCGUCUGAAAAGCUUCUCCUCUGUCUUCUUCGACUUACUUUAAUAGUCGGGAGCUGUCUGAGGGCUGCUGCAGACUCAGGUCGGUGUGUAAUGAGAGGCUCAUAAACACGGUGACACUCGGCUCUUUGGUAUUUCACCCCCUAUUACAAUAUCUGAAAGAAGAUGACGAAGCCACCCUGGCGUUUAGAGAGGUGCUUGUUGAGAGGAAGAUAAACAGAAACGGUCAGGUUUUGAUGGAGCAAGUGCACCUGUUGGUACACUGUUCGUCAGGAGAGGGCGCCACUGCUCUAUUGUGUGAAAAGCAACCGCUCAGGGAAAGACAUUCAAAGCAUUUCUAGUGCAGAUUGAGUUGAACUGGUUAAUGAAAGAGAAUAAAUGUUGAGGAUGUGCUGAUAGUUUAUGGAUUUUUGGUUUGUUUAUGAACAAAAAAAGACAGUUUUUGCACCUGCAUUCUGUCUUUAGAGUAUUUGCAAAAUUAAAUUGGAAUGAUACAUAUUCUGAAAUAUGAUCUACAUAUUUAGCUUUCAAUUAUGUGAUUAUGUUGAGUAUUACUUUUUAAAAUGCUAAUAAAUCCACAUUUUAAUCCCCAUUUUUAAACUUUCCUUGAAACAGCAGUUCUUGGCAUUUUACACAUAAUCCUUAACUUCCUCAUUAAGAUAAGGAAAAGGGGUAAAUAUAGUCCUAAUGCAAUAAAAUACGCUUAAGCAAAUACAAAUAGAUAAAAAAUGGAUAUCCAACAUAAUCCAAGCAGUACAUUAUUUUAUACAAUUUCUUUAAAAUGUUUUAUUGGUUUUAAUCUUUCAGCUCUGAGCUUUCUUCUUAACUUUAUAGUCUCUUGAAUUAGAUUAAACCCAAAAACUAAAUCAGCAACAAGUGAAGAUUUCUAGGGUUAGCUACUUCCUCCCUCCGCAUAAAGAAAAACAAACUGUAACCUUUAGAAAUGAGGCAGGUCAAAUAGUUUUCACUGAUCAAGAGCAAACAUUUGUUGCAGCUAAGAGCAUUAGGUUUAUGUUUGCCUCAGUACUCUCAAAGUCAAAAAAUAACUUUUAAAGGGAGAUGUUGAUUUAUACAACUGAAACUAAGCAUUUCUGGAAACCAAAUAUAUAUGAGGCUUUUAAUUAAACUGGUGAGACAGAGUUAAAACUAUUUUUGGGAGUUGUUUGUUCAUCAUAGGAUCAAAAUGGCAGCAUCAAAGCGUCAAGCGCUGCUUAAGGAAGUGUCCAUUUCACGGUCCCCCAAGGGGCCACAUGUGACAGCUACGUGACCAUGCCUCACAUUUGCUCAAUCAUCGCUAAUAAUUUGCAAUAAAAUCAGAGCCACAUAAAAGAGAGGAAGUAGAAAGACUUCUUUGUUCACCUUAACCCCUCAAUCUCUGAAGAGAUAAGUGGAGACCCGCAGGAAAAGAUCGAGAUAGUACAACAAAAGAAGCUUGUUGAAGAUUGUUUUUUUCUACAUGAUGCAAAUUUUGCAGUAAUCAAAGCUUUGGUUUUGCAGCAGGGACAAAGCAGACGAUACAUUAUUGGUAUAGUUUUGCUAAAUGUUUUGUCAUGUCAAGGGAAAAGCUACUAAAUACCUCUUUCAGGAUCUAAAAACUAAGAUUUUCUUUUCUAUCGGGUUGGAAAACCCAAAACACUUUUCUUCCAAUGGGGAAUUCUUACAGAUUUCUCUCCUUAAUUUGAUCACCAACAAUCUCUAUCCUGUAAAAGACAUUUCUGCAUUGAUUUUUUUUGCUCCUACGUCAUUUGCAAAUCAUUGAAGUGAGUAUCCUUUGUUGUUGUAGAGCUGUGACUCUUCAGCAUCAGGUCUGUCUCCUGUAUCAUCACUCAGCUCUUCACCUUUGCGGGGAUUGUAAAUUAUCUGCCACCCUUUGCUAAUAGCUGUUCAGGUUCAGCUCAAACACACAUCCACACAGAGACAACACACAGUCUGCUGGUUAACCCCACUCACAGGCUGCAGACCUCUCUCUCUCCCUCUCUGCCUCUUCCUUAUUGAGUAUUAUUGACUGGAGCGUGGACCAGCCAAUCGGCAGGCAGCAUCCCACCUCUGUCAUCAGCCAGUGCUGGAGGAAGGGAUUGGCUCGUGUGAUCUGAGCUUGGAAGGCAGAUGAAAUGCCAGGUCUGCUCUGCCUCUGGGGACAACCAGGCUGCCUUAUAAUGGGAACCAACACUCAAUCGGCUCGGGGGCAAUAAUAUCCAAUUCAGCAUCAGGAAAACAAAGGGCCACACCUUUCAUUUUUUUCUCUUCUAUCUGCUGGUCUGCUGAGAUCUGGCUGCUUUGAGGUCUACCUUCAUGUGGAGAAAGAGGCUGCUGGUGGGCUCUGUUGUUCCCCUGCCCUCAUCACCAUCAUUCACCCUCUCUGGAACAGGUUGAUCACUCGCCGCUUCUUCCCAUUUUGCACCAAAGAGCUGCUUUUUGGAUUCUCACUCCUCCAUGUACGAUAACUUGUACCUACAUGGAUUUGAAGACUCGGAGGCGGUGAGUGGAAUGAGGUGUCUGACACUUGUAAACCAUGCUUUUUUUGUUGUGCCGCGGCUGGUUGAUCCCUUCACAAACACCCACAGAAUGUCUCAGACUUGAGUGGGCAGAGCGUGUGGACUCUUCUCGGGGGAGUUGGGGGAAGGGUGUGCAGGGUAGUGUGUGUCGGCAUGUCUGUAUUUGAGAGAGUGUGUGUGAAGGGGAUCUUCAAUCAGCCAACUGUACAGCUUCCUCACUGAUGCUGCCAGUCACUGGCUAAGCAGCUGCAGAGCUGAGCAGUAUGUCUUUACCAUCUCUCCAUAUGGACGGUCGGCUGUUAUUGCAUACAGUAGAGCUCUGUUUACAGGCAUUAUGGAUAUUUUCAUGUGUGCAUUACAUUCUCUGCAACACUGUGGCUUCAUUUGUAUUUUCCUCAGUCUCUAUCUUCAUCACAUCCCACCUAAACAUCAUCAGGGUUUACCGAAAAAGCCUAACAGCUCGAAUCAUUAGAUCACACUCUAUGCUGAUGACUAUCACAUUUAUGCAUGGUAAAGAAACAUCACAUUCCCUCGUUGUUGAGUACAAAUCGUCAUAUUUGUAGCAUGCAGGUGAUGUGACACACAGAUGGACUUCCUCUCUGUCUCUCAUACAGGGAGGCAAACAUUAUUAUUGACGUGCAGAUCAGGCAUCCGUGGAAUAAAAAUGUGUUGGAGUAGCGGAAAAAUGCUUACAAAGGCAAUAACUGUAGGAGCUGCUGCUGCCGGGUGGAGGGGCGGAGGGAAUCCCACUGAGCCAGAAUCUGUCAAGACCUUUCUGUAACUCCAUCUGACAUCCUGGCUGCCUCUUCAACAUUAAAGCUUGGAGGAUUUUUUCACACCUUCUGUCCCAUUGGUAGUGUUAGCAAGGGCAAGGUUUUGAUUGUCCUGUCUUGAAGAAUUAGCCUAUUUUCAGCUCCUUUGUCCAGUUCUCUUAGGUGUGCACUUUCUCUCUGUUUCAAGGGGAUUAUCUUAUCUCAGGAACUAAAAUUGACACCCCACGGCUAGGAGUUUGUAGAAAGAUUUAAAGAAUGUGGCCCUCAAUGAUGAUUGUAAAACAAAUUGUGGGGUUAACAGGCUGUUUUUCAUCAGGAGUUUUAUGUUGUUCAGCUACAAGACUAUGAGUUAGAGCUUGGGCUCGGAUGUUUAGGAAUUAGGCCUUGCAAGUUCCUCCCAAUGGUGUGAUAUGGGGCUGCACACCGAACUCCUAAAUAAUAAUAUUCUCAAUACAGGCACUUGCGAUAAUCAUAUCGCAAAAAGUUGGUAUUUUUCAUUUUAUAAAACAUAUUGUAUGCAAACAGGCAAUGCUUUCUCACGCAUUUGGGGCACAUUUAACCUUUUACAAGGAGCUACGACCUCACUGCUUAACACCAUUUAUAUGCUGAAAGACAAAGUUCACACUUGGUAGCUAUCUUUUGUUUAACUGGUGCCAAGUUAGUGAUGCUAAGCACUGAAUUCAGGAGAUGGUGUAGGCCAUCACGAUCAGCAGACAAAGAAACUAUUGGUUAAAAUUCAUAUGCAUUUUUAAAAACAUGUUAGCCCACAUCACAUUGUUUAUGCAAUACAGAACAAUAUGAUUGCACAGUGCAUAUUUUUCUCAUUGUGCAGACGUUAUUUGGGAUACUCUUGCUAGAAAUUACGCCGUAAGGGCUGCAAGAAUGAACAAUGGCAGCAGUGCUGAGAGUUAUACAACCAAACAAUAAGCUGAAAGCCAAUGGGCUGCAGGUGUAAGGUUUAAAUGUUCAUUACUGUAAUCAAUUUUUAAAACACUUUUCAGUCUCAUAUCAUCAUAGCUGAUCUGGUUAUUAAGAUUAGACUUGUUUGUUUUUUUACAAAAGUCCAACAAAACCCAGUGAUUAAUUUUUAUUGCGUCACAUUUUAUCAUUCGCAGCAAACAGAAAUGAAAAAGACUUCAGUUCAGUUGGAGCUGACUAAAAAAGACGAGCAAAACCUAUCAGAGCUCUUUCUAAAACAGCCAUUUCUACACCAAAAUAAACACAUUUACAAUUAAGUACAAAAACAGUUUCAACUUAAUAACUCUAUUUGGUUUUAACAACUGUUUGAUUAAGUUGUAUUCUUUAUAACCCAUAUGGUUUAAUUAUAUUAAUUAUAUUGACAUUUUAUGGUUUUAUGCUUUCGUCCAGCUCGGGCAAAUUAUGUGACCAUAAGUUAAGGCUUGUUUAUUCACUGUCAGUUAUGUUGUACUGCAUUAUGACAAUACUAGCAUCUCAACAAAAGACAUGUCUGCGGCUCUUACUGUCAGUGUGGUUUGCAAUCAGCAUUUGAAGUUACCUGGUGUCUGGAUUUUUCAGAAAUUAGACUGUCAAUGGACAUCUGCAGCAGCAGAGAAGGGUAAUAAUGCAUCUGUUGCAUCCUCGACCCACCAUGACCUGCAGAUUUCUCUGACUCAUUUCCAGUUAAGUGUGUUCUAAUCUACUGGAAUCGAGGAAAUUGUUUUUCGCACAAUUUUUCUCUUCGGAGGCAGACGUAGAUUGUAUGACUAUACCAACUCCCUUCAGCUUGUGGCAGAGGAUUUUUUGUCAUGAAUUUUGUAACUUUAUUUUCUUAAUGUAGAGCUUCAUACUUUAAAAGCUGCUCAGAAUUGCACCAGAGAUUUGGUCUGAACAAAUCAUGUCCUCAAAGUGUUUAUGAAGAAUGGUUCAAGAAAGACAAAGUUACAGAAUUAGAUGUGUAAAUGCAUUUGCUAUAGCACACUUUGAACUGAACUUGUGAUACUUGUAAUAAAUUUAUUGGUACUUUUGUUAAAUUAAAGUAUAUUGAAAAACUUUCUCUGAUCCCGGCCUCUAAACAGUAGGUUUUUUAGUGGUUUCUGUGUUCAGUAAAAUGAGAGUAAAAUGAUUGACAGUAGGUCUUGGAUAAGAUAAGGGACUUUAAAGGGAUAGUUUAAAGGGACCUUUCAAUUUUCAACCAAUUAACUGUAUGUGAUUCUCACAGCCCCAGCAAGAGAACCUGUAUGGGCACUUCUUUAAAAAAGCUCAAUCUAAACUCUAAUAUCAGUCUAAGUGUACAGUAUACAGGGAAAACUCUCUUUUCUCUAGCGUCACAAAUUCACUUUUAGGAUUAUUUUGACGCAACAAAAAGGUGUUCUUCUGCCUGCAGUGCCCUGAUCAGCUCUUUUGGUGUAUGGUUUUAAAAAAGUGAAAAAAAAAGUCUAAAAGUUAACAAAAAGAGGGACAACAAUAAAAAACAAAAAGACAUCCAACUGCUUGUUUCUUAACCAUUGACGAGUAUCUUUUUAAAGACCUGUUCAGAGUAAUCAAACUGUUCCAUCAGAGACAUCUACUUGAGCUGUGGGAAUUAUUUGUUGACAUUUUUGUCUACUUCAGUUGUAAUAAAGGAAAAUUAACAUAGAAACCAGGUAAAAAAAAUCUCUGCUUAUAGCAAUGGAGGUAUCCCCCUCCCUUGCUUGUCUGAUGUAACAAAUCUACAUCAGUUCUUGUACGUAUGCAUGUUGUUUGAUGUAUGACUCACUCCGGUGAAAGCACAUUACGAAUCCUAUUAAACCUGAUUAGUGAUUGUACUAUUGAAGGGAUCUUACAGGGGAAUCGUCAUGUUCUUUACAGGAGUAAAGCUCUACAAUUUUAUCAAUGGGUUAUGAGCCCCAGUUGCGUAUUUAGGACCCUGGAGACAUGGCUCCACUUCUUUAUUCUUGUAGGUGAUGGAUAAAACGAAGAUAGCAAGCUUUUAGUCUCGUAGAAUGGGUCUGAUAGUUGAGGAGGUCAGGGGAGGAGGAAGGAUGGAGACGGGAGGACAGGGUGAGCUCUGGCGUCUGAACAGAUAAAGCUUGAGUGUGGCACGAUGGACUCAAAAACUGGCCACUUGACACUCGUAGAUAACAACCACACAAACAAGCCAUUGUCUGUGUGUAUGUGCGCAAUUGUAUGUGUGUGUUUGUGUGUGUGGGUAGACACAGGAGACAGACAGAGAUGUGGAGGAGAGCUUUGUUGGCAGGGUUGCUGCCUGUGUCUGUUCACAUGAUAGUAAUAUUUGGGAAUGCUUUACAGGACAUCGUGCUCUGAAUGAUUUUUGUCCGUAUUGUAAAAUGAGCCAAACAAAAUCAUCUUAUUCAAUCUUGGCUUUGAAAAAUCCAAAGUUACAGUUAUAGCAAUCACCAAAUAAACAACCAAAUUUGUUCAGUGGUCUGUGUUUUGACUCCUUCAUGGUCUUAUAAUGUCAACUGAGGUCUAGUUGGAAAAAAAGUGCUUCUUUUACAUUUUUCUACAAUAAAGAUUCCCGAUAGAUGAUGCAGGAAAAGAUAUUUAUCAGGAAAUAUUACUUCUUAUGGACACACAAAAAAACCUAGCAAAGCCAUGACUUAGUUUGUCCACAAUCAACACAAGCCAAAAGAUACAGUGGUCAACAAGGGCAAACCAUCUGCAACAACCCAAAUGAUCUCCAAGAGGAGAGAGUGCAAGCAGAAAUCCAGGAUUGGAGUUGGUAUUCUUAUUGAAAGUAAAACGUCUUCUCAGUUUCUUGAGGGUUGUCUCAUUAUUUGUACGGUGAAACAUACAGCAGGUGCUUAUGUUUAGUGGCCGGUGGUGUGAGGUUUUUAUUUUCCUUUUCUCCAGCCCUGCAGUUAUAGAUUUCAUUUGUAAUGAGGCAGUAAAUAACAGUUAUUUGUAUCAGGGAAAGACUCCCAUGGCUCUGAAUGGAUCAUUAGCAGAGGCGCCUGGGAGCCUUGAACAAAAGCAUUAAUCCUGUCUGUCCAGCCUGGCAGGUUGAUUUCAAAGACUUACUGCUGGACAAACCCUCUGAUGCACAUUCGGUCAUUUAUUAUCAUUAAAUUGUUAUUAUGCAGUUGUAGUAUUUUAAAUGUAUCAGCAUUCAAGACGAGAACAGAUCUUCUCAAGCUGAUAAAGAUUACUUCCUCAAACAAUCUUGUUUUUUUAAAUGUAUUUAAAAAAAAAGUACUACAUUUUAUGGAAAGAAGAUGGUUGCAUUGAUAGGGGAUAAAGAGAUGGAUUUAGUGAUGAAAGUAGGUAGGGAUGGAUGAAUGAAUUGAGAGAUGGAUGGAUGGAUGGAUGGAUGGGUUUAUGAAUGGGGAGGUGAUGGGCUAUGGCUAGAUAGAUGGAUAAGGGAAGGACAGAUGGUUGGAUGGAAAGAAUGAUGAAUGGUUUUAGGGAUUGAGGGAGGGAUGGAUGGAUGGAUGGAUGGAUGGAUGGAUGGAGGGAUGUAUAGAUGAUGGAUAGAUGGAUGGAUGAUGGAUGGGCUUAUAAAUGGUAUAUAAUGGGCUAUGGAUGUAUGGAUAGGUGGAUGAAUAGAUGAUGGGCUUUGGAUGGAUGGAUGGAUGGAUGGAUUGGUUUAUGAAUGAGGAGGUGAUGGGCUAUGCAUAGAUGAAUGGAUUAGGGAUGGACAGAUGAUUGGUUGGAUGGAAAGAAUGAUGGAUGGAUUUAGGGAUUGAGGUAGUGAUGGAUGGAUGGGUGGAUGGAUGGAGGGAUGAAUAGAUGAUAGAUAGAUGGAUGGGCGCUGGAUGGGCUUAUAAAUGGUAUAUAAUGGGCUAUGGAUGUAUGAAUGAAUAGAUGAUGGGCUUUGGAUGGAUGGAUGGAUGGAUGGAUGGAUGGAUGGAUGGAUGGAUUUAUGAAUUAGGAGGUGAUGGGCUAUGCAUAGAUGGAUGAAUUAGAGAUGGAAAGAUGGUUGGUUGGUUGGAUGGAAAGAAUGAUAGAUGGAUUUAGGGAUUGAGGUAGGGAUGGAUGGAUGGAUAGAUGGAUGGGCUCAUGAAUGGUAUAUAAUGGGCUAUGUAUGUAUGGAUAGGUGGAUGAAUAGAUGAUGGGCUUUAGAUGGAUGGAUGGAUGGAUGGAUGGAUGGAUGGGCUCAUGAAUGGUAUAUAAUGGGCUAUGUACAUAUAUAUGGAUGGAUGGAUGAAUAGAUGAUGGGCUUUAGAUGGAUGGAUGGAUUUUAGAGAUCCUAAAUAAAUUUUCUGUAUGAAACAAACUGUACAGAUAUUUAAUUUUUUAAAUCACGAACUGAAUAAUUUUCCUUUUGAUAAUUUUAUUGUUUGAGUUAUCAAACAUGCAAUGCAGAACCACUCAGGAACUCACUGUACAUUACUGCUAUAACUGAAUUAUGUAAAUAACUGUUUCCAGGCCUAGAGGAAACAUUUCUACAGCGAGACAUCGUUGUAGUGACACUACAGGGUCUGCACUGAACAAAGUGUUCCUCUGUCUCUACACUGCUGCAUGUAAACAGCUGAUCACUACACAGAAAGCAAUCAUGCAAACAUGUGUUGUGUUGUGAAGUGGUGGAGGAUCUGAAGGUAAUUGGACCAGAAGGCUGUAGGAAAAAGGCGCUAUCGCAGGAGAAGGAAUUGAUGAACAGAGCAGAAUUUGAAGCCAUACAUCAUCCCAUAGUCCUGAUGUCAAACAACCCUUUGUAAGCAUGUUUCCUCCUCCUGGGAGCCUUACACUAUAAUGUACUUGUGCACACAUGUAGUCUUUAAAGCUGCUUCCAUAUGUUAGCUAAUGCUUUUUGCUUCAUACCAGGUUAACUUGUUGUUCAUUAGAUAUAUACAUAGACUAAAUAGCAGGGCUCAUGUUUUAAUGAGAGCUUUUUGCAAGAUUGGUUUUCCUAAAACAUAAACAGGGAAAUAUGUGUCCUACUAAUAUUUGUGGCUGGCGUUUUGUUCUUGACAGAUUUUGGUAUAUACUGUACAUACAGCCAGUCAGUGUUUUAAGGAGAAGUUUAAAGCUGUAUGUUCUCUUGUUGCCUUAUCAUUUAAAAAAUCUUAAAUUUCAUCCAUUGGCUCACAUUGACAACUUUUAGGCAUUAAAAGUAUUUAACUCUGGCUGCAAACCCUGAUGAAAUACAACAAGCACAUACUCUGCAAUUUAAAAAAAGAGUUUCUUUCCUUUUCUGUAUUAAUACUAAACUGGUUUUCUCAAAGCUGGGACAAAGAACUUGAGAAGAUUAUCAACUUAGAUCAUUUUCACUAGCCUCCAGGUCCACAAAUGAAGUCAUGAGCGUGGUCAGAGAUGGAAAGUGUCCAUGAUCUUUAUGCUUAAGCAGCCGAAUGCUGACGUGAUGCAUCCAUGGACAGUGAGAGAGACAGAGAUUUGAUCUCAUUAAAUAUGAUUAUGAGUCUAUUAAAGUCUGAGUGACAAUUAGUGUGAUUACUGAUUGGUGAGCAAUUUAGAUGUGUGUGUGUGUGUGUGUCUGUGUGUGUGUAGGUGCCUUACAAUAUCUACAAUUUAAUUUAUUUUAGUCAGCUGUUGAUGUAGUCUUUAUUUGUAAUUAAAAGUAACCGCUGGUUUUACUCUGUAAUAUAAUAUUUGUUAAGGGUAAUAUUAGGGCACUCAAGCCAAUUAUCAAUUUAAAACCAUGGUGCCCUUGGGAAUCAGUUUUGGGUAACUAAAUUGCAUCAUGUUUUAGGUUGUUUAGGGAUUUUAUGCAUCACUUUUGAGAGUUAUAGCUUCUCUGAGAUAACAACCCCAAUUCUGAUAUGGUUUUAACCCUUCCUCAGAUUCUCCCAUAAUGCAUUUGUGUAUCUUUUUAUGCAGGUGAUCAAAGGAUUUUGUUUUUAAUUGGGAUUAACUGCUUAAUUUUUAGAGUAAGUCAGUCAGAAUCACAGUUUUUUUCUCUAUUUUUUGCACUUCAUAACAGUUAAAAAGUCCAUAUCAUCAAUGUAAAGCCCUUAUAAGUGUCUUAGUUUCGGAAUCAAAUGAAUGCAAUAAAAUAUUCUUCUUCAGUCUUAAUUUUUGGAUUGAUUAAUCAAAUAAAUGCUGCACUGCUGCAUCAGCAUGGUCUGAAACAAUGAUGUAGGAACAGGACACAGCUUUACAAGUGUUAGUAAUAACCUGCACCUGUAUGCUUAGCUCAGAGGUGGUAGCUUAAACUCAAAUUCAGUUUUGACAUAAAGUGCAUAUUAUUUUUGGAGUUUAUGGAAGUGAUAUGUGCCGUUGAAAAGCGCAGCGGCGGUGUUACUUUGCUCAUUUGUAUUCUAGCAGCAGCAGGAAACAGGACUGUGCAGCCAUGGCCUCACUAUGGUGUGCCAAAGAGGAUAAAUGGCAAGCAGAUAAAAUAAUAACUCAUUGAUUCGAAAUUUUAAUAAUCACAUUGGGAUAAACACGUUUGUGUGGACUGCCCUAAGUAAUUCAUGUAGCCUCACGUUGCCUAGAAGUCAUUUUUUUCCGGUGCAUUUCAGCUUUGUUUGAGUUGUCAGCUGUUGUGUGACCCACUUUUUUCAUUGCAUGUUGUCAAACAGCCUUUUUUAUGGAAAUGAGGGCUGGCAGCUAGCAGUUGGACCACAGGCUUUCUGUAUGUUUACUCAGAAACGUAUCUGUGGAACACACAGAAACUCGAUACUGCACUACUCACGCAGCAUUACGCACACAACAUGCAGCAUCACCUGCUCCACAGUCAACAGCACAUUGUUUGACAUAAUUAUGUUGUGGUUCAGGAACUUUGUUAAAGCGAUGGGCUGUUUUGUAGAUAUGGACGAAGAAAAAGGAUUGUGUGGUGUGUUUAUAAUCAUUUGACAGACGGGAUCAACAUAUCUGUUAAAGAUUUUGUAUUUUCAUUGAUCUUUGAAUAUGAUGAGAAAAAGUAAAAUCUGCACUCUGACUCCUCUGUAAAUGCAUUUCAUGAAAACUUGCAUCCCCAUAAAUGAACACAGUUCCUGAUGUUGAAAGUUAAACAAAAGGCUGCUGUCUUUGUCUUGGCACCAAUGUCACAAUUUGGACCCACAGUGUUCCUCCUCGACCCACAACCUCCAUCAAUGUUUUUUUUUAUAAAGCUGUUGGCAAAAAAAAUCAAACAGCUCAGAAAACAUGACCAAGAUGCAGGUUUUUGACUGUAAAAAAAAUGGAAAUAUGGGCAGGACACCUCAUAGCAAAUUACUUCCUGUUUUUUAAUCUAGCUAUGGGGAUCCACACAGAAAAGGGUACUUACUUUUCUUUAGAGCUCAUACUAUGAUUUGUUAAUUCAUUCGUUCCCCAUCUCCUGAAGGUGAAUACCGAGUGUGGGGCUCUGCUGUUACCGCAUGCCACUCGGUGAGAGAUGAACCGCUUUGAUUUUACGACAUGAAAGUAAAGAAGGCAUUAAAAUUCAUGAGCUGAUUCAUGUACUAUGUCAUGGUGCGUGCAGUGGCUGUGAAGUGCAUUACAUCAUGUAUGGUUCAAUAUCAUGGUAGGUUUUACAUGCUGCAUAACAGACACUGAUUGUUGCAUGUUUAAGUUUGCUUUCAAAACCAGUAAAUACAGGUUUGAUACAUGGACAUGGUUUGACAUUUUAACUGUAUUCUAAUGUGUGUGUGGGCUUUGGACACUUGUUUGAGUCGUGAAAAAGGAGAGAAAGCAAUACUGUAACACAAAAAAUGUUUGGACUAAAUAUCAGAUAAAGACUGACAGAGGAGGUAGAAAAUGAGUGUGGACAGAUGGGUUAAGCAGACCUCAGAGCCAGUGAGUCAUAAACACAUUGAUGCGUUUACUGUAGUAGCAGCAGCCACUUUUGUUCUCUCAUUUUUUUUAUUCCUUCCUUUUAUUAAAUGGCCGUUGACAAGAGUAGUAGCUGGCCCCUGACCCUGCAGAAGAUGCUGUAUACAGCAGCCUGCAGGGGACAGUACAUAGUGCUCCCCCAUACCUGUACUAGAAAGCAGUGAUGAGCAGUAAUUAGCACACAGACCCCAGAGAGUCUGAACACUGAGCUUGUUGUUUGUUGCCUUUGGGGCAGGCGUCCAGUGUUUAUGCUAAUGUUGUGAUUACUCAGCCGUAGUGGAGCGUGCAGAUCCGGUGUUAGAUGGCAGAAACAUCUUACUCCAUCACAGAAUUAGAUGAGAGAAUAACAGCUAACCGGGCUAGAAAGAGAGCUGUGAUAUGAAUUUAUUACAUGAGUUAUAUAAUAUCAGAGUUAGAAAUGUUUUUUCUCAGCUCAAGGGAACAAAAGAGGAACGACUGUAACUGUAUGAAACGUAGCGGUAGUCUCAGUGACGUCAGCCAUUGGUUUCUGAACCGCUUAAAUGUUGAACAGGGGACCUUCAGAGGUCUGGGGAACCAUCUUUUGAGUUCCUGUUGGGCUACUUUUUGAUCCUAUCAUCAAAGAGUAUGCAGCACACCAGUAUGUUUGAUUUUGUUUUAUACUCUUUGAGAAGAAAUGUGUGUCUUUAUGAUAUGACAUGUUAAAAGACCAAAUUUUCAGUUUUAUAGUGGUCAAUUACAGGCUGCAGGCAACUUUUGCUUUCUUGAUAGGAAGUUUACAAGACUAAAUGUAAUGAUUUUGGAAACACUGUUUGCAUGAAUACUUAAUAAACCAGGGUGAACAUAAAUGACAGGACAAUGAUUUGUGUUUCUGAGCACAGAAUACCCAGUGAAUUAAAAUAACAAACAUAGGGCUUUGUUCGUAGUCAGAUAUACAAUGCACAGAGCUGUUUUUACACCAUGCAGUUGUAAAACAUUUGACCAGAGGCCAGAUCUUCCAUAUGGUAAACAAAGAGCCACAGUAGCGGUCAGCCAAAGGUGAAGUCCCCAGGCCAACAUGAUGUAGUUACAUAUACAUCCUCUGUAAUGCAACAAAUAGGUCAUUGCUGUUUAAAAUGCUGUGUUAAAUCAUGUGCUGUAGCUUUAGCCAUUGUUAAAGAUUGAUGUAUUUAAACUUCACUAACCAAGGCACCACUCAGGUGUAGUAAAUGUUUGAUUUGAUUUCACGCUCAGGAGCAGGAUACGUUAUGUCCAAACAUUUGUCUUGCUCAAGUGUUUGGAUGUCAGCACAAAUUAAUACAUUUAUGCCAGAAUACCUCAAUGUGAAAAUGUAUCUUCUGACAGAGACGGCAUUUCAGCUUGUGCCCUCAAACAGCUCUCAUUAGCAUAUAUGCUGCAUGAAGUUUAUGUGUGGCAUAUGUGUAGUAGGAAUGUAACUGUAUCUUUCCAAACAGCUGAAAUGUGAGCUUGUAAGGGUUGAUUAAGGUUGAUUUAAAUUGGUGAAGCAGAAACAAAUUUGUGGCAAUGCCCUUUUUUGAACAGCAGAGCUAUUAUCUGCCUUUUACAUAAUUUACAUAUCUUGUAUCUGAAGUUGUAGGUGUACAAAUUGGUGGCAGAAGUCAUGGAUUAUGCAAAUGAGAAUGCACUGCCAGUGUUCCCAAAACUAUAAAUGUAUCAUAUCCUAUCAUAUUAUAUUAUAUUGUAUUGUAUUGUAUCAAUUUUUAUUGUAUUGUAUCGGAUCGGAUCGUAUUACUGUAUCCAUGAAAUCAUAUUGUAUUGGUUAUAUUAUCUAUUUGUACUGUGUCAUAUCAUGCCACAUCAUAUACUACUAAGGUAGUUUACCACCACCAAAGUGUGACUGUGUGAGUGAAUGAAUGAUGUAUCCAAUGUAAAGCGCUUUGAGGGUCUCUGAUAAAGCGCUAUAUGAAAUCUGAUGCAUUAUUAUUAUUAUUAUUAUUAUUAUUAUUAUAUUGAAUCAAUCAAUAUUGUAUCAGUUAUAUCAUAUCAUAUCGUAUUGUAUCAAAUCAAUUGUAUCAUAUCUUGCCAUAAGGUUAAGUAUUAGAGCAGUGGUUCUCAAGCUCAGUCCUCGAGGUCCACUUCCUGCAUGUUUUGGAUGUUUCCCUGCUCCAACACACCUGAUUCAAAUGAUCAGCUCGUUAUUUAUUAAGCCAUUACAGAGCUUGAUAACGAGCUGAUCAUUUGAAUCAGGUGUGUUGGAGCAGGGAAACAUCCAAAACAUGCAGGACAGUGGGCCUCGAGGGCUGGACUUGUUAACCACUGUAUUAGAUGAUGGUAACAGUUGGGUGUCUCAUUUUCCAUAAAAUAAAGUCUUUAUGCUGUACAGCUUGUUUAAAGCUUAAACAGCAUAUUACAAGUAUAAUUCUCUCCUAUCCUGCUAUAAGUACAUGACACAAAUGCAAGGUAAGAAGAGUAAGGUUUCCGAUAGACUAUAUAAGGAUAUACUUUAUGCAAAGAAGUAAAUCUCCUGAGCAUAAUUCCUUGGUUUGAAAUCUGCACCUGCUGUGUGCAGUGGAUGUGAUGUGAUGUGAUCAUCACUGCUGAGGCCUGAAACAGCCUCUCCUGAGCAGCGCCGCCCCUCACUGCAGCCUCACUGUGAUAUGAUGCUGGAGCUUGAUGAGCACAUUGGUGCUGUAAUAAUUCUCUCUGCUGAGGGGAAAGCUCGCUUUACAGCUGUGUCUCUGUGCAUCCUCUGGAGCCUCUGUUUAUGUUUUUCUUGGCUCCUCGGGUCAUAAUCUUGCUGUCUUUCUCACACUCUGUCUUUCCCUCUCUCUCUCUCCGUCUUGAAUGAUUGUGUGGGCGUUUUUACUGUCUCUCUAACCCAGCCGCUGACUUGUAACUAAUAAGGACGAGGGCUGAGGGAGUGGGUGAGUUAGGAGGAAGAUGACUCCACUGAUAGUGAUGGUAUGAGACUGAUCUCCGCCCUGAGGCAGACUUGCCAAGGGUCAAGCUAUUCACUCAUGCUCAAAUUUAAUACGUGUAUGUUUAGUGGCCUUUACAUAUAACCUGUAAAUAUAUUUGUAACCCUGUUUUGAGGGAAAUCCUAACAUGUCGGAUGUCUACAUGUUCCUUCACAGUCAAAUUUGGAGUAGAAGUUUCACUAUUGAUGAAUUUUAGACACUUUGGUGUACACAUCGUGCACAUACCCACAUAAAACAUCACCUUAUUUAAAGGAGCAAGAGCAAUUUCUGUCUUGUUUCCUUAAUAAAGUGUUCCUCAGCCACUGAAACUCCCACAUUUGAGCUGAUUUAAAGGCAGGCCUGGAUAAUAUAAACAACAUUAGAUAAUUACAACGAAAAUGUGACUCCAAACUUGUAAAUUAAGCAAUUUCGUGUAAUCGUUGUUUACAAAUGUGACUCAUGCCGCAUCGAGGUGAGUGCAGAUGUAAUUUUCCUUUACUCAAGGUUAGUUUCUCUCGCAAAAAUUGUAGACAAAGGAGGGUGUCCCCCCUCUGUGUCAUCAAUAUUCAUAUUUACUCCAGUUUCCAUGGCUGCAAAACUAAUGAGCAGGGUUUCCUGUUGACUAAAAAUACCAUCCCUCUGAAGCUUUACUCUCAGCGGUUGUCAUCUUUAAUCUGUCAGCCUUUGAUCCUGUUUAAAGAGGACUACAACUGAUGGUGUGACACAGCUACACACACUCAAACACACACCUGGGUUACUGCAAUGCUCCAUCAAAUCACUGUCUGUUAUUUAAAGUAAAUGGUCUUGACUACACCCUUGUCCUGAUUUACAUUCAAACAUGUUGAGUUUUGAUGUAGGCAUAUUUAGUUGCAUAUGACAUUGUUUUAUUCUUGAAUCUUGCCCAGCAGGAUGUCAAAUUCAGUCUGCGUCAUACAAAAGUUGUUCAAACCCUGCAGGUUUUUCCACCGCUACAUGAAAGUUUUGUUACUCCUUGUAACAUUACAUCUCCAUCUUUUUGUUCUUCAGGGCUCAGCUGAUUCCUACACAAGCCGACCGUCUGACUCGGAUGUGUCCCUGGAGGAGGAGAAGGAGGGCGGCCGGCAGGAGAGGGAGCAGCAGGCCACUGUUCAGCUCGAGAGGGCAAAGGUCAGUUUGACUGGGGACUAUUUCAAGACAAUAGAGCAGCUUCUGUUCUGUACAUCAUAUAAAACACCUGCAGUCUCAGGUCAUGAACCAAAGACACACUGGGAGAUUCGCUGCUCGCACUAUUCUCAUCGUACACAUUUACCACAUCCAGGUGUACAAGGUGCAAUCUGAAUUCACUUCUUUUUCAUUGAUCAAAAACUGAGGAGACCAUGGAUGGUGUCUCUGCUGUCUUACAGACUAAAACAGUGGCGUUUGCUGUGAGGACAAAUGUCAGCUACUGCGGCGCCCUGGAUGAGGAUGUACCUGUAGCUGGCACUGCCGUCAACUUUGAUGCCAAGGAUUUCCUCCACAUCAAAGAGGUACAAAACAGCCACUGUGCAGCAGUGUUAGACCUGAUGCUCUGAAUACAAGUGUUUUUAAUUUUUAGUCCAUUUGGUUUGUAAAUGAUCUUAGCAGUCUUUUUUUUAAUGAGAGAUUGUACUAUACUAUACUUUGCUGUUUCUAUCUGAAAGACUGUUUUCUCCUCUCGUCUUCCUUUCUUGCCAUAAAACCACAAAUCAUAAGUUUGGUUCUCCAAAUGAAUUAAGGGUAUUGUUGAAAGUAACGUCCAAAUAAAAUAUCAGCGGUUCUGGAAAUUGUCACAGAAAGAGGUGAAAUCAUGAACCCCAUAAACGUAACGAGGACCCUUUUCUGUGGUUUGGUGUGCUUGAUCUUGUUGUCCCUGUCGCUGCUUUUGCCAUUUCUUUAUCAAAGUUUAAGGUGUAUAACUGCAGGUUACCAAAGCAUUUUAUCUACAUACAGUAUGUACUCAGUGAUGAUACAAAGCUCCAGAAGCUGAUGUAAAAAUAGUCUAUCUGAAAAAAACAUCCCCAUUUGGGCUCUUCUGGAUCUAUAAAUUAAGGCAAAGUUUGCAGCACUGUGAUGAAAAUGCAGGUUUAAUAAAUAUUGUUUUUGAACUCGUUAAAUCAGAGUUUAUUCUUGACCUGAUAACCUGCAGCCUAGAAAUCACUCUCACCAUAAGGUGUGUUUAGCAGCUGUUCAGGAGCAGCUGAUCCCCCCGAUCUGUCCUUUAUUACACAGCUGCUGCUGCGCUGUAAUACUAAUUUUGUCAGCGGGACAGAUGGCCCUCUGCUAUCAGGUCAUGUUUUUUACAGCCUCACCUUGUCGCCACAAUUUCAAACAAAUCUGCAACCUUGUUGUUCAAGACCUCUCUUUUAUUAUUAUUUAAAAUUCUACAGCUGUUUUCUAGAAAGAUAGAGCUUAAUUGCAAAUGUUGUUAUUCCAAACAUAUUUUCAUAAUUGAGCUCUGUCUUCUCCAUUUUCAUUAAUAUCUGUCCACUUGUAAGAUCAAUGCGAAAUCCUAAAGAUAUUUCAUCAUCCUUAAUCCCUCUGAUCUACAGAAGUACAACAAUGACUGGUGGAUCGGCCGUCUGGUGAAAGAAGGCUGUGAUAUUGGCUUCAUCCCCAGCCCUCUAAAGCUGGAAAACAUCCGACUCCAGCAGGAGCAGAAGAGAGGACGCUUCCACGGGUGAGUAGCAGAGGAGGAGGACUGGGUGAGAAGUGAGCUGAAGUUGCACUGAAGACAUGGCUCAGAGUGGAUAAAGACAGUCUGGGUAUUUGGGGACAUGUUAUGGAGAGAGCCACUUCAGGGAUGAGUAAACCUGGCAGUAGGAAGAACCAGCAGAUAGAGAGGAAAUCAGAUGGAUUAAAGCCAAGCUGUGAAGUGUGGUCCAAACUCUCUGAGGUGUGCCUGGAUCAAGGCCAGAUCUGAAUUUUCCAUCAGAUGGGCCGAUUGGAUUUCAGCCAAAGAGGCGAUUAGUGAUGCUUAGUGCCUCCAACCAAGCUCAGUUAAAAUAUUAGGGACAGAAAGAGCCAUUUUGCAUCUCUCUCACUGUUUCCUUUAGUCACUUUUCAUGUCAUCAUAGUCAGAUAUUGUUGCGCUCAUUUAUGUUACUGUAUGUUCCCGGAAGAUCAGUUUAGUGAGUUUAGUUUCAUUUGAUGCUUAGAAACACAUUAAUUUAAGCUCAAACUGUCAUGCUUUCAUUUGACGUGUUGUUUUUUAUCUUUCAGCUCAGGACAUCUAUUACACUUUCUAAGGGUUCAUAAUAAAGUCAAUUUAGAAUCACACUGUUCAGUGAUCAUCCAUUUUUAGGAUUACUAAGAGACAAACAGCAAAACUUGUUUUUCCUUUUUAAAUCCGUCAGUGGGUCACAGAUGUUUGUACAUUUUUGUGGAUUUCACAUUAACACAUUUCUUUUUCUGUCUCUUGUUUUCGUUGUAGCAGCAAGUCCAGUGGGAAUUCCUCCUCCAGUCUGGGAGAUAUGGUGUCAGGAACGUUCAAACAAAACCCAAACUCUGCAGGUCGGUCCCACAGAUACUCUUUCUGAUUCAUAGACAGACAUGUGUGUCUUCGCAUCUGCGGCCAUAUGAUGUACUUUAACGUGCUGGUCAAGUAUGCAUGACAAAAGCAUCUGAUCUUUCUUUCUUUUUUUUUUCAUUAACAGGAAAGCAGAAACAGAAAGUGGUGAGUUUGGCCAUUCUCCUCACUUAAUUGCAUUUUUACAUGGAAAAGUUAAGUGGAAAAGAUAAUUUUUGCCUCCUAAAAUCUCCUAAAGAAAUUGUAACUCACAUUUCUAUUGGUAAAUACGAGUUUUUAUAAAUGAUAAAUUUUAAUGCCUGUUAAUAUAAUGACCUUAAGGGUGGGAUUGUUGUUUGUUAAACAUGACCGUGCAGUUGUACGAUAAAAUGAAAGAGAAAAUACUUAGAUCCUUCCAUUGUUUGUUGUCUUUUUUUUUUUACCUAAUUAUGCAAAACUUGUAGCCUCACUAUCUUCAGAAUAGAUGAGUCAUAAACAUUCAUCCCUUGUUCAGUACAAAAAAAGAGAAAAAUGAUCUGUUCAGACCAAAAAAAAUUUUGUUUUAGGCUGUGACAUGAUCAUUUCCACAAACAUUAGCAUUUCUUACAUGGGUGUUAAUGGGGUCUCCUGGGCUUUUGGAGCCAGCCUCAAGUGGACACUCAAGGAACUGCAGUUUUAAACACUUAAGCUACACCAGUUACUAUAAAUCCAUCAGUUAUUUAGAAAUCAAGUUUAACAACUAUUGUCUGAUUCCAGGUUGCUCAAACAGAAUGUCUCUUUUCUAUAUUUGCUGAAACAACAGUAAACAUAACGUUUUGGUUUGAAAAUUGAAGGGCAUCAUCUGGCACUUUGAUCUCACUUUGAACUCAGACUGAUUAUUUCCGUAUUUUUUAGACAUUUAACAGACCAAUAAACAUGGAUGAACAGAGUGUCCAUUUUGAUUUCAGUCACGCCAAAGUCAGCGGGUCAGAAUAAAUUAAUUCGUUGCCGCAUCUGAGUCAGAGUCAGAUGCUUCAACCAAUUCUCAGAAGUGACUCUUCUCAAAAGUGACAAACCACUCACCCUGGCUCAUCCCUUGAUUACGUGCCCGUAAAUUAAAUCAAAACUGCGUGACUGUCGUUGAAACUAUGAAAAUUUUCAAUUUAAAUGGAAAUGAAACCUUGGAGACUUUGUCUUCUUUUUGAAUGUCUCAUGCUAAACCUUGUCUGUUGCUGUGUGUGUCCACCCAUCAGGCUGAACACAUCCCUCCAUAUGACGUGGUUCCCUCCAUGAGGCCGGUUGUCCUGGUGGGACCGUCUCUCAAAGGUUAUGAGGUAAGACACAUUGUCACUUUUAGAGACAUGUGACUCAGCCUCCUUUGCACAGCCGUUAUAUACCUCCAGCCUAAUAUCACUAAACCAACAGAUCACUACAAUGAUAAAUGUACAACCAAGUAGUCAUAAAGAAUUUUCUGUCUUACUGCAUUUUAUCAGGUAAAAUCAUAAAACAGUUGUGUGAUGUUUAUUGGAAUUAACUUCAAAAUGCCACUGAGUAGCUUUUAAUGGUUGUCCCACAAGCAGUGGGGAGACAUGGUGAGCCCAAGCUGACCAGCUCCAUGUAGCAUCAUGCCUGAAGUCCUCCCAUUUCGACAUCUGCUUGUUUCCCCUGAAGUUAAGCUUCCCAAAUGUACAGUCUUAAAGCUGGAAGUGCUCAUUGAUUAUCAGUUACCAUCAAAACCACAGGGCAAACAAUAAAGGAGAGAGCUGGAGUCAGUUGUCAUGGAAUCACAGUCUCAGCCUCCGAUUCUGGUGUUGCCGUGGUAACAACCUUCUGGGUAAAAGGCAUCGGUUUGAAAAAGUAGAGCAUGGCUUGAAAGUAGAAAAAAAAAAAAGAGUGACGUACUGUACUGUGGAGGAAGAUGUACGUCUGAACUACAUUUGAUAAUGGCUUGAACUGGGUUUUCUUGGAUUUUGGAGCCAGCCUCCAGUGGAGACUUAUUGAACUGCAGUUUUUUUGCACAUCGGCUUCAUUUUCAACACGUUCAUGAGAGCUCACUUUGACUUGUUUGCUCUCCUGUUGUGCAUUCUGAGUAUGUGUUAUAGUUUCGAUGUUCACAGAGUCUGCUAUUCACCUCAAACAUGCCUGGCACCUUCUUGUCUUCUCUUCCUCAUUUGUAUCUAAUUUCUUUGUCUCUUCCUCCUUCUCCUUUUCCCGCUCUCUCUCCCUGAUUUAUCGUUUCAGGUGACAGAUAUGAUGCAGAAGGCGCUCUUUGACUUCUUGAAGCACAGGUUUGACGGGAGGUGAGCAGCCAAACAAAGCAGCAUCUGUCACCCAGCAUGUCAUCCUGCUGUCAGUUAGCGCUGUAUGAAAUGUGUGUUAUGUUUUCUUACAGGAUAUCCAUCACAAGGGUAACAGCUGACAUAUCGUUGGCCAAGAGGUCAGUACUUAACAACCCCAGUAAGAGGGCCAUCAUUGAGAGAUCCAACACCCGCUCCAGCCUUGGUAAAGCUACAGGAACUGUCUCACUCAAUGAUGUGCAUGUCUUGUGGGUGUUGACUCUGUGAAUGUUGUUGAACUACCUUCAAAUUCCUUCUUUUCAUCACUUUUUGUGCUUUAUGUUGUUGUUCUGCUCUCACAGCCGAGGUCCAGAGUGAAAUAGAGAGGAUCUUUGAGUUGGCCAGGUCCCUGCAGCUGGUUGUGUUAGAUGCAGACACCAUUAACCAUCCUGCACAGCUCAUCAAGACCUCAUUAGCACCAAUUAUCGUCCACGUUAAAGUGUCCUCACCCAAGGUAAGAUAGACGGCUUUGAUCGUACAAAGCCAUCCAGUAAAACAGGGCUGAUUUAGCAUUUGGUGCAUCCUCAAAGGAUACUGAAGCAAGUUUUAAAGCUGCUGUUAAAUCUUUAAAGGGGAAAAGUUGUUUACCGUAAUUGUGUAUUACAUGGUACAGGAGGCUUUGGCUACAUGAUGAUAACUACAAUGAAGGCUAAAAUGAAAACAGUUCAGAGUGCAUACUCAAUGUCUUUCCGGUGCACCUAUCAAUAUAGACAGAGUCAGGCACCCUUUUGAAAUACCAACGUUUUUCAUCGAAGUCAAAGACUUUAAAUACAGCUGUAAUGAUUGAGGAAAGAGUGUUUGGUUUCUUGACUUGGAGUAUAAAAACCAGUCCUCUGUAUCAGAAAUCCAGAUAUUAUUCAAGUGAAAUUGUUGAAAGAUUUAAACACUUAGAGGAACCUUGAUACCAGUUUUUGAUCUGCGAAUGAAAGAUUCCGAAAAAUGGGAAAUAUGUCGACAAAGAGGAACGGCUCCAAUGUAAUGACUUUUCAUGAAUUAAAACGUAACUAAAACAAUGACGAGAAAAAAAGACUGAAAUCUAAAACUAACAGACAUUUUGUCUGAAGAAUAGGACUAAAUCUAAAAUAGCUGCCAAAUAAAUUCACCUUUUACUAUUUAAAAUGUUGCUUAUAAUUGUAGUCUUGAACAGUCAGGGAAGUUUUUGAGCUUCCUGUAAAAUGCAAAAUAGCUGAAAAACAUGUCAGUAACAGUUUGUUCUAUUUCUUCCCCUAGUUGCUCAUCCUUGUUGCUCUUUCAAAUGUUUUCAUUCUGUAAUUGGAGACAUUGUUCCCUCUGUUUUCUACUCUACAUGUUCUCCUCACAGGUGCUCCAGCGGCUGAUCAAAUCAAGAGGGAAGUCUCAAAGCAAGCACUUGAAUGUGCAGCUUGUCGCAGCUGAAAAACUAGCACAGUGCCCUACUGUAAGUAAACGUCAGAGACCCUUAAAGAUCCAGAGAAACAGCUUCCUAGCUUGGUGUUGUUCUGCUUCAGAUUCAUGAAACUUGAGAGAUAAAAUACAAAUGCAAUUUUCCUGUCUUCCUCUACUACCGCAGGAGAUGUUUGAUAUAAUCCUGGAUGAGAACCAGCUGGAGGAUGCGUGUGAACACCUGGCAGAGUACCUGGAGGCAUACUGGCGUGCUACACACACUUCACUAAGCACACCACUCAACCCCCUGCUGGGACGCAAUCUGGGCUCCACUGCGCUCUCUCCAUAUCCUGCUGCCAUUCAGGUGAACCUGUCAGAAAAAAUGACAACAAUGAAAGGCCAUUUUGUAUUCUUCUUCUGUGGUAGUCAAAGCCAGGACUGCUCAAUUAUUUAUCAGUGAUGUGUUUACAUGCUGUUUAUAUUUGUUUAAAAACAAUAUGUUACUUUUAUAACUGUAUGUACAGGGAAAAAGGGACAGUCACAUUGAAUCAGUGUUGUCUUUCUCCAACAGGCCCAAAGAAACCGAAACAGCAACCACACGACAACAGACCACUCCCCUGUUGAACGCCGCAGCCUGAUGCCCGCUGACGAGAACUACCACAAUGAACGGGCGCGAAAAAAUCGUAACCGCCUGUCCUCGGGCUCACAGCACAGCCGAGACCACUCCCCUCUGGUGGAGGAGGACUACCAGGACCCCUACCAGGAUUCUUACAAGCCUCACCGUAACCGAGGAUCCCCGGGAGGCUACAACCACGACUCCAGGCAACGGCUUUGAGCUGUAAACUAAAUGUCGGCCUGUCUUUCUCUUACCAACCAUGACAGACACGAGAGGCAAGGCUGUUUUCUGUAACAUGAAGAGACCACUACACUAAUCUGGACUUCAACAACCUCGUAUUGAUGUGUAGUACCUUUUUCCCCUCUGGCCUUGGUUCCUGCCAAAUGAGCAUAAGAACCUGACAAAUAAAAAACAUGCUUCUGGCUUUGACGUGAACAAGAGGACGGACUGGAUCCGAAAGUAGCACAAGAUUAGAGAAGUUUGAAAAGGAAGACUGAAGCUGGACCUGAUCUUAUUAUCCCCCAGAUGUUGCCUGUGAGUAGGUGUUCGGUGUAGGCUCUUCUGGACCCCCUCCUGCCAUCUCAGCUGUUACUGUAGCAUGCAGGUAGGACUGUACAGGUCACUACUUGCCUCAGCCAGACAGCAAGAGCAUCCAGCGGUGAUGAUGAGCACAGAACCUGUUUGCACGUGUCUAGGAGCUGCUAGAAGCAGAAUAUGAUGCAUCUUUAAUGCUCCUCAAGUUUGUUUGCCACUGUCCUCAAUGUGAGUGUAAUAAAUCCUGUGAAAGCUUGUUCCUAAAUCCAGAGAUUUUAACAUUUGUUUUCCAACAUGGAUGGUGUUUUGUUCUCUUUACCGUAGCGCUCUGUGCCCUCUUUUUGUUCAUUCUAAUGCAACUUUUUUUUCCAUCAAAACAAGACAGAUAUAUUAAAAAACAUGCAGAUAACUAUACACAUUAAAGCUCCACACACCAGAUAUGAGGUUUGAUAACUCGUAAAACUAUUUUUGUCAGUAGCCAUAUCAGAGGGUAGAUGGAUAUAUAUUUAAAUCUAGCAGAUACUGAUAUAUUUAAAACUCCAAACCUCAGGAAUAAGAGGUAGUUUAGAUGACAUGGAGGUGUCCUGACAGAUGUAGCCUUUCAGUCCCCACCCACCAGAGGGGCAUUAUUUGAUUCCUAGUUGUUUAAUGAUUAUCAUAUUAUAUGGUAGAGGAAUGCUUCCAGGGGAGGAGUCAGUAGAAAAGUCAUACCAGCAUGAUAUAUGUAUGCCAUACAUUUAUCAGCUGCUGUUGUCUGUAUAGAGCUUAGCAGGACAAACUGUGUGUAGGAGAUGUAAGAAUUGGGUUUUAGUUAGGGAUUAUGUCAGAGGGCUUCCAUGUGUAAAUACAGUCAGAAUAAUUGAGGAAAGAGACAUCAGCUGAUUUCAGGUUAAAUUUUCAAUAUAUGAAAAAACAUUCCAGUUAUUUUUUUCUUCCAAAUAUUUGCAGAUACUUCCCAGCAUCUAGAUAAAAAAUACUACAACAUUCCUCGGUCAAAUUUUAUGAUUAUAGAUUUUAUUGAAAUGAAUUUAAAAGAUAUUUUCUUUUGAGCAGCAAUUUUAAUAGGCUCUCUUCUCCUCAAACACAGCUGUCAUUGAAUCAAAUCUGAGUUUCGCUUAAGACUCCUAACAAAAAUGUGAAAGCACUUUUGCAUUCUUUAAAAUGUCCUCUCCAUGUUCUUUUUUCUGGAAAUAAAAAGCAGUUCCCAGAUCUUUUAAUCAGAUUCACUUACUUGAAUGCUGCCAGAAAAUACAUAGUUGAUAUCUCUACACUUUUAAACAGCAUAUCCUGGAAUCUCAUGGUUUAAGUGGUUGGUUUUAUUUCCUUUUGGGUCAUAGGCCAGGGGUGUCUUGUGCUUCAGUGACUCUGGAAAAUGUGGAUCAACACAGAGACUUGUGUUCUUAUCUGCCAUUCAUAGUAGCUUCUAUUGUUGUUGUUUCAAAGCUCUGGAGCAACAUUUUAAAAGAAGAGUUAAAUACUGCCUGUGAGAGAAUGAUGCAUUGAUUAGAAGUUUGUGUGCACUGUCAUUUUACAAUUGUAAUGAAAUAAACUGCCCUUCUGCUGUUGUAUGGAUUGUACUG